AACAACAAAAAACCAAAAGCAUCAAAGCUAGGGUUAGGGUUAAGGUUAAGGUUUCGGUGCCAUUUUCUCUUGUAGGAUUCGUGAAUUGGAGAGAUGAGUUCGACGGGUGGAGGUGGUGGAGGGUCGACCAAGGGCGGGAGGGGAAAGCCCAAGGCGUCAAAGUCGGUGUCGCGGUCGCAGAAGGCGGGGCUGCAGUUUCCGGUUGGUAGGAUCGCCCGGUUUCUCAAAGCCGGCAAGUAUGCGGAGCGUGUCGGCGCCGGCGCUCCCGUAUACCUCUCCGCUGUUCUCGAGUACCUCGCUGCUGAGGUUUUGGAGCUUGCUGGGAAUGCAGCGAGAGACAACAAGAAGAACCGGAUUGUGCCGAGGCACAUCCAGCUUGCGGUGAGAAAUGAUGAGGAGCUGAGCAAGCUUUUGGGCUCUGUGACCAUUGCCAAUGGAGGAGUCUUGCCCAAUAUCCACCAGACCCUUCUACCUAAGAAGGUGGGCAAAGGGAAGGGCGAUAUUGGAUCUGCUUCUCAAGAGUUCUAGGACUUUCUAGUCUCUUGCAUUCGUGGGUUUACCACCGUUUGUAAAAUAGAUGUGCUUUUCUGUUUUUUGGGUGUCAUCUGAAUUUGUGACGUUAUCUUUUUGUCAAAGAAACGAAAUUUACUAGCUUUCUCGUA